GCAACGAGCAGUUAAAAACUGAAGAUUACUUUUUUUUUUAUUUUUCUAUUCAAAAUGGAGUCUAUUUUUCACGAAAAGCAAGAAGGAUCACUUUGUGCUCAACAUUGCCUGAAUGCUUUAUUACAAAAUCAGUAUUUCAGCGCUGUAGACUUAGCACAAAUAGGUGAACGACUGGAUGAAAGAGAGAGGGAUAGAAUGGCAGAAGGUGGUGUUGGGACACAUGAUUAUCAAAGAUUUAUUCAAGAACCUUCUAGUAAUUUUGAUGACAGUGGAUUUUUCUCAGUGCAAGUUAUUACAGAAGCCUUAUCAGUUUGGGGACUAGAUGUUGUUCUGUUUAAUAGUCAGGACCCUGUGGCUGUUCAAGCAAGACGAGAUCCAACGCAGAUGUCAGCUUUUAUUUGCAAUUACCUGCAGCAUUGGUUUUGUGUACGCAAACUGGGCAACCAAUGGUUUAACUUAAACAGCUUACUUUCUGGUCCAGAGUUGAUCUCAGAUACUUACUUAUCUUUAUUUCUCAAACAGUUAGUGGAAGAAGGAUAUUCUAUAUUUAUAGUUGUUGGAAAUUUACCAGAUUGUGAAGCAGAUCAACUAUUGAGACUAGUACCAGCUGUACAACCUGUCAAGCCUCGUCUUCUUAAUGAGAAAGAGACAGAAACUGUGGAUGGUGGGGGAGAGGAGGAUAGAGCACUGAAGGAAGCUCUGAGAAUCAGUAAAGAGCUGAAUGAUAAUGAUGAUACAGCAUUACAGAAAGCUUUGCAAUUAAGCAUGGAAGGUUAUGCCCAAAGCUGUUCUUCUUCUCAAUUAAAGCCAUCCCUUGAAACCAAAAUCACUGAGACUCAGUCAUCAAGUAAAGAACAUCAGAUGUUGUCUCCUGAUGAAUUGCGCCUUAAGCGUCUUUCAUUUCUCAGUAAAUCAACUAGCCCUAAAGAAGUCAGUGUAGGUGAUGAAUCAAAUUCUAAAUCGAGCACAGAAAACACAGCCUCGGAUACUGGGCAGAAUGAUUAUUCUGACCUAACAGAAGAGGAACUUUUAAAGCAAGCCAUAGCAAUGUCCAUGGAGCACAGCUAAUGAUGAAAUGGUUCUAGUUUGGCUUCCACAACUGUGAUAGCAGUAAAUAGAGAUCAUGUACUCCUAAAUUCAUUCUUUCAGCCAAUACAUUGAUGUUGAUCAAGUAGAUCUUGUAUUAUAUCUUACUUGAAUCAUUCAGACAAUUACUGAAUGAUGGUCAAGAAAUACUACAUUAUAGUUUAGGUCAUUGCUCACAUUGUGAUUGCAUGUUGGCCAAAACAUUUUCGCUUGUUACAUUACUCAUUCAACUAAUAAGGAUAUGUUCACAAAAUGGAUCCUAUAUUAUUUGUUAGGAUCCUAUAUUAUUUGUUACAUAAAUCUCUGAGUAUUUUUAUCAUAUGAUUUAUUGCUUAAAAAACAAUACAUUUCAAAAUGAUAUAGUUCACUUAUGGAAACACUUUGAACACAACUGUUAGCUAUUACAUUCUCAUUCUUUUGUAAAUCUAUCAAUGUCAUUGUUGUUGUUGUUAUUUUUUUUUUGGGGUGGAGGGGGGUUGUUACCAGUAUUCUAAAAUAGAAGCCUUGCCAUGCUGUGUGUUCAAAACAGCUAGUGCAAAUCUACAAUCAUGUGUGAUGCUAAAAAAAAAAAACUAAAACAAAUGUAAAGUUUUUCUUUUGUAUUUAUUGAAUGAAUCUUACAUGAAACAAAAAGGCAAUGGAUUCAAAUGUUA